AUGUCCACGGCGCGGGCGUGGACGCGCGCGCGGGCGCCCGCGGGGACGGGCUCGGGCGCGAGACGGUGGACGUCGCGGCGGAUGAAGCGCGACGACGCGUCGAUGACGUCGCGAAGGAAUCAGAAUCAUCGCGCGCGCGCGUCGGUGGAUCCGGGGAUCGAUGUGAUGAUCGCCGGACGCGAACGGAAGUACUACAUGGUUGGAGGAAAGGGUGGGGUCGGGAAGACGUCGCUGUCGUCCUCGCUCGCGGUGAAGUUCGCGGCGAGCGGGCACAAGACGCUGGUGGUGAGCACGGAUCCGGCGCACUCGUUGAGUGAUUCUCUGGCGCAGAACGUCAAGGGGGGGCAACCGAUCGAGGUGAACGAUACGGAUGGGAUGCUGUACGCGCUGGAGAUCGAUCCGGAGAGCGCCAAGGCGGAGUUCACGCAGUUUGCGCAAAAGACGGACAUGUCGGCGGGCGCGAGAGACUUCAUGAGUUCCGUCGGGUUAGGAGGGUUCGCGGACUCCAUCGCGGAUUUAAAGCUCGGUGAGCUCUUGGACACGCCGCCUCCUGGUUUGGACGAGGCGAUCGCGAUCGCGAAGGUGUUACAGUUCACGAAGGAUGAAAAAUUUAGUAAAUUCACGCGCAUCGUGUUCGAUACGGCGCCGACCGGGCACACUCUGAGGUUGCUGUCGCUUCCGGAUUUCUUAGACGCGUCGAUCGGGAAGAUUGUUCGAUUGAGACAAAAGCUCACGAGCGCCACAGACGCGGUGAAGGGGAUCUUUGGCGUGGGUGAGGAUAAACAGGACGACGCAGUGGAGAAGCUUGAAAAGCUCAAGGCGCAGGUCAAGGAGGUUCGAUCGCUGUUUCGAAACAAGGAAACGACGGAAUUCAUAAUCGUCACCAUUCCCACGGUUUUAGGGGUGAGCGAGUCGGGGAGGUUGCUCCAGAGCUUACGCGAUGAAGAUGUGCCGUGCACGCGACUGAUCGUCAAUCAGGUGCUCAAGGUGAAUGUGGACGAUUUUAAAGCCGCCGCAGCGGAGGCGCGCGACGCGCAGGACGUGCUCACUGCGAGAUUAUCCGGCGACGACGCCGAGGCGGCGCAAAAAUUCGUCGAUGCCAACGCCAGAGCUCUGCGAGCGGCGCAGGCGGCGGUCAACUUUUGCAGCAUCAAGGAGAAGGACCAGUCGCGCGCGCUCCAAAUGUGCGACGAAGACGCCGGCUUGCGUUCGCUCAAUCGAACCGAGGCCCCGCUCUUCGACAUGGAGAUUCGUGGUGUACCCGCGCUUAAAUUUUUCGGUGAUCAGGUCUGGCGCUGA